AUGUCCACUGUCCCACCGCCAGGAAUAUACGUCCCAGCCGUUCUCUUCUUUGACGACAAUGAAGAACUCGAUUUCACUUCCAUAAAAUCCCACAUUCUCAGGCUUGCACAAGGAGGAGUAACCGGAAUCCUCAUCCAAGGAUCAAACGGCGAGGCACAACACCUCUCUCACGCCGAACGAUCUCAAACGAUCCGAUUCGCGCGUCAAACCCUCGACGAAGCCGGAUACGAUGGUCGAUCAGAGUCAGAGGGGAAGAAACGAGUCGUGAUCAUGGCCGGUACAGGUGCACUUUCGACCAGAGAGACGAAAGAGCUGUGUAAAGAGGCGGCCGAGGCAGGUGCUGAGUUUGUCCUGGUCUUGACACCCGGUGUAUGGCCAGGGAUGAUGACCAAGGAUGCGAUUUUGAAGUUUCACCGGGAUGUUGCGGAUGCGUCCCCGGUUCCAAUGUUGAUAUAUAACUUCCCGGUCGUAACUGCCGGCAUAGAUCUCGACUCGACCAUCCUUUCUGAGCUUGCGCAACAUCCCAACAUCGUAGGAACCAAGCUCUCCUGCGGACAGAUCAACAAAUUACACCGUCUUGCCAGUUUACAGCCCUCUACUUCUUUCGCGCCCUUUCCCGGCCGGGCAGACGUGCUUGUCCCAGCGCUUGUAUGCGGUGCACCAGGCGCGAUCGCUGCUCUUCCGAACAUCGCUCCAAAAGCCCAUGUGAGGGCUUAUGAACUCUUCAAAGAGGGAAAAUUGAAAGAGGCAAUGGAGAUCCAGGUUUUGUUGAGCCAUGCGGAUUGGGGAAUUAAUAAGAUUGGAGGUGUUUCGGGUGUCAAGAGCUUUGUUAGCAAGUAUUUCGGAUAUGGAAAUAACCGUCCCCGAGGGCCGCUGUUGGCUGUUGAUAUGGCCAGGACGGAGAGCGUAGAAGGGGAGUGGAUACGCAAAUUGAUCGAGUUUGAGAAGAAGUUGUGA